AUGCUUUUCUCAAGAGACUUCAUCAUGCUUUUGGCAUUCGCCGCCGCUGGCGCUGUCGCUGCACCUGUUGCAGAGCCUCAACCAGAAGCCAAAGCUGAUGCUUCCCCAGCGGACUAUGGUGACUAUGGUGAUUACGGAAACUAUGGAACAUACGAGAAAUACCCAUCCUCUUCCUCCGUUACACCUACACCAACACCAACACCAACUGGAUAUGGUAGCUAUGCCAGCUACGGUACCUACAAGAACAAGAAAGUCAGAGAAGCCGCACCAGAGCCUGCCCCAGUAGCAAAGCGUGCUGACUAUGGAAACUAUGGAGACUAUGGUGACUACGGAAACUACGGUAACUACGAAAACUAUCCUUCCGCCACCUCUUCCACCACCUCUUCCGCCACCCCUUCAAGCUCCUCAUCAAGCUCCUCAUCAGCUACACCUACUCCAACUCCAACCGGUUAUGGCUCAUACGCAAACUACGGAGCAUACAAGAACAAGAAAGCACGUGCUCCAGAAGCCAAUCCAGAAGAUUAUGGAAACUAUGGUGACUACGGUGACUAUGGUGACUACGGCAACUACGGUAACUACGAAAACUACCCCUCCGCCUCCACCUCCUCCACCUCCUCCACCUCUUCCACCACCGUCACCCCAACCCCAACUCCCACCCCAACCGGCUACACAAACUACGGUUCCUACGGUACCUACAACAACUACAAGCGCGAAGCCGAUAACGCCUUAGCUUAAGCCGAUGAAUCUUUUGACGAAUUUUAUUUUGUAAUUACAACACUCCUUUAUGACUGAAUGAUAUACGCCCCUUUAAAU